UCAAAGUCUCACGCCUUGGAGCCAUAUUACGGAUGUGUUACAACUUUUCUUCGCAUCUCUGGCAGAAAUCGCGAUUCAACGUUAGUUCUAAAGAAAGGAAAAUAAGGCAGAUGCUUGAGUCAAAACGUGUCCAAUGAGCAAAGUUGUUUGACCCCUAUGAUUUGAUUUGAUGGGAACGAAUUGCUUCCUCACCUCCAUCGCAUCGCGUCGCAAACCCGAUUUUCAGUUUAUGAUACCAAUGCCCAAUCUUUCAGCUGCUCAGAACCUCUUCUCCCUUUCGGAUCUUUCAUUGAGCUGCUUGCACAAUGAAGCUCGUGAAUCUGCUCUCAAGGCAAUCAAGGAGGAUUAUAAAGGCAUACGAAGGACAAAUGUUGUCAUUGCAGCUCAUGUAGAACAAAAAAUCCUCCUUCCUUCCCAUCUGUCUCCCCACGCAGGCCCCCACGUGCGUGAAAUGCAUACCCUUGCACACGCCCAGCUUCUAGUUAUCAAAGUUUGACCCUGGAGAGUUUGGCACAGGCCUUUGUCGUCAGCAUAGACUUCGUUGAUAGGUUUGAAUCUCUAUAUAGCUCUUUACUAACAUAAAUCUGUGUGGGCAGUGAACUGUCACAGUUUAUUUCUCCAUGCUUCAAUAGACAGAGUAUAUGGCAUUGUUGAAACAACCAAAACAUCAGAAGUUUGGGGUAAAAAGCCACUCCGGGGCGACAUCUUACUCGAUGCAGACUAAACAUUGAGUAAAGUCCUGUACUAGUCAAUUAAUAUGGCCUGCAAUAAAUGAAACGAUAUAGCAGACCCUGCUAACAAG